AUGACUGAAAAGCGUGCUUCGCAACUCGGCCCACUAUCUGCAAGCAUUUUCGAUCUCCAGGCGUACCAUGCAGAAAAUGACACUGCUAGUAAAGGCCUGUCAGAUAGCACCGAGACCACCAUGAUCAAUGCGCUCCUGGAUGAGAAAGGUACCAAGUCUAUCAGCCAGAACUCGAUUUUUCAUUUACAAUUUAUAUCAUGA